AUGAAGGCUUUUCGUAUGGACGACUUGGAAAAGAAUUUGAAAAACUUUAACGUUUAUGAAACCUUACCUGUUCAGCACAACUUGGGGAUGAUUUGGGAUUUGAACAAAGAUAUGUUUAUGUUUCAAAUUGCGGACAAUGAAAAGCCACUAACUAAACGAGGACUGCUAUCAACAAUGAACAGUUUAUUUGAUCCCUUGGGAUUCAUUUCACCUGUGACAAUCAGUGGUAAAAUACUCCAGCGUGAACUUGUACCAUCUGGAAGUGAUUGGAAUGAACCACUAUCUAACGACAAUAUCAACCAAUGGAGAUCUUGGCUAGAUGCUUUACAGUCUAUGAACGGUUACCAUGUUCCACGUAUGAUCGUACCUACCUCAGUUUCUACUGCACAUCAUGUUGAUGUUCAUGUAUUUUCUGAUGCCUCCGAGCAGGUAAUAGCUGCUGUAGCGUACCUUAGAGUGAUCUGUGAAUCUGGAGAUUCGUCUGUAGGAUUCCUCAUGGACAAGUCCAAGUUUGCACCCCCCAAAGGUCAUACCAUUCCCAGAUUGGAAUUAUGUGGAGCAGUGUUAGCCACUGAAGUAGAAGCUAUAUCAACUUACUUGAGUACCGGUAUAUCUUUGGACCGUUUUCAUUACUACACGGAUAGCAAAGUAGUUCUAGGAUAUAUCUCGAACACUACCCGGAGAUUCUUCAUGUAUGUCAGCAACAGGGUGGAAAAGAUCCAUAGAAUCUGA